AUGCGCCUCCUAUACCUCCCUGUGUUGCUAGCUGGGGCUACGACAGCCCUAGCAGCGCAACGACCAUCCCAUACCGUUGUCAAGCGAGAACUAGAAGCCUACGAGGAACGCUACAUCCUCGGCCAGAACUACCAGUAUCACAACCAGAGUGUCAAGCUGAUCGGGUAUCAGACAAUCAAGAUCCCAGUCGAGGAUAUUGAUUUGUUUGAAAAGCACUAUUACACUAAUGCCUAUGCCCUGCAAGAAGACUUCCCGUCUCACUUCUACGACUCGUAUGCAGCAGAGCUGCGCAUCUACUUUCCCGUGGCCUCUGCGCUACUAGACCACAAUGGACUUAUGGUGGAGGCGAACCAUCUUGGGGAAUUCGAGCACGACGCCCUAGAUGGUGACUACGCGAUUCUGGGUCGGAAACAGACGUCGCAUGUCCGUGGCGUCGCCAACAAUAUCAUCCAAGACGGGACGAUAUUCCUCGCGAAACGGAAUCAUCCUGUCCGUCAGAUUGAUAAUACUCGCGUCUAUGACUUUGGACGCCGUUCCCUAGACCACCAUCAUGCCCACUCCCCAGUCAAGAAGCGCCAAUACGGUUCUGCCGCACCAGAGCCUACGGCUGGUUCAGGUGGCGAGUCGAACCCGAAUAACGACGAUAACGGGGAGAAUCCCUUCGCAAAAAACAACGGCUGCGCUGCAAACCACGGCGGACGGAAAGGUUCUGGAGGCGAGGAAAGUCUGGUUCCGGAACAGACAGAUGGUAGUUCUGAGGAUGUCCAAAUGAGCCGACUUGGAGCUAUGUCUGUUAAGGCUACUGAGGAUGUCAUGGUAGCACGCACAUGUAGUGGCGAUGGCCGAAGCGGAGGUGGUAUCGGGAGCGAGGCUUUCGGCAAUGGGCUCGGGGAGGCAAGCCUAGAGUUCGGGGCUCAGUCUUCAUGGCGUGGACACUUGUUCGCUUCGAACCGCGCUAGAUAG